GGGUUUUUAGAGCAAUUGUAUCAAAUCAACACUAAAAUAGUUAGUUACCUUCUCCAAACACAAAUUGUCUUUAGUAAAAUAACAAAACACAACUUUGAGAGCAAUAGCAUCAUAUCAUCAUGGGAACAGAAUCAAAGUCUCAAACAAUCCCUAUUAUUGACUUCUCCGACCAAACCAUGAAACCUGGUACAGACACAUGGCUCUCAGCUUCCAACGUUGUAAGGACUUCACUAGAAAACUUUGGUUGUUUUGUAGCAAACUACGAUAGAGUCGGGAAAGAGCUUUGCAACUCUGUUGUUUUACAAAUAGAAGAACUAUUCUCACUCCCUUUAGAAACAAAAGUGCAAAAAACUAGUAACACUGACAGGCCUUUCCAUGGAUACAUAGGACAAGUCCCAUGGCUUCCAUUAUAUGAAUCUUUAGCCAUCAUAGAUCCAUUAACUAUGCUUGGAUGUCAAAAAUCCGCGCAAAUCAUGUGGUCUCAAGGAAAUGAUCGUUUCUGUGAAAUCAUGAAUGAGUAUUCUAAGCUAUUGGGAGAGUUAGACCAUAUAGCUAAGAGAAUGGUGUUUGAGAGCUAUGGCGUGGAUAUGAAGAUAUGCGAAUCUUUGAUAGAGUCAAGCAAUUAUCUGAUUCGAGUCAUGAAAUACAGAAGACCUGAUAUCGAUGAAAAUGAUUUGGGACUUCAACCUCACUCGGAUUUAACCAUUGUAUCGGUGGUACAUCAGUUGAAUAAUCUGAAUGGUUUGGAAAUCAAGAUGAAGAAUGGAGAUUGGGUUGGGGUUGAUGCUUCACCCUCCUCCUUUGUUGUCAUGGCUGGUGACGCAUUCAAGGUGUGGAGUAAUGGGAGGAUUCGUUCAUGUGAACAUAGAGUUAUAAUGAAUGCAAAGAAAACAAGAUACUCAACUGGACUAUUUUCUUUUGGUGGUAAGAUGAUGGAGAUACCAGAAGAGUUUGUGAAUGAGGAACAUCCAUUGCGUUAUAAACCAACAUUCGAUCAUUAUGACUACCUUCGUUUCUAUGAGAAAGAAAAAAUUAAUGAAACUAGUUCAAGGAUUGAAGCGUAUUUUGGAAUUGAUUUGAAGCCUAAUACAAUAUGAAUGAACCAACUUUCUCUUGUCUAUGAAUAAGAAAUUUUAUUAUCUACAUGUGAUGGUGACCGUCUUAUGUGUGCUCUUCUUUAUUUCACUUGUGUGCUACUAUUAUAAGCUGUAAUGGUGUUCUUUAAAAUAUUAAUUUCAAAUAUAUUUGAAAAUGAAAUUUUAAAGAUACAUUAUAAAAUUGAUGUGUAUUAUUUGAAUUUUUCUUUGUUACUAGUCAUUACCAGAUUCCAAAAAUAGGGAGUCCUUUUGAAGAUGUUGAGUAAAAUUGACCAAUCAAGUUUAAUUGUUGGCCAAAACAUGUUUUUUUUUCUUUUUAACAUCUAACUCAUCUUAAUACCUGCUUGAUGAGCCACAUAUAUUCCUUGGUGUACCUCUGCUAAUGCUAUGUAGAUAUCUCUCCUAAACAUCUAGUUAGAGUACCAUCAGACAUCUAUUUGUAAUUGUAUAACUCAUUUAUUA